CUCACGCUACUUCCGGAGACUCUGUAGCUAGCAGGUAGCUAGUGAUGAGUGAUGGCGUCUGCUGCGAUGGAUACCACGUAAAUGAAUAACAACAAAAACAUUACGGCGAGUGCGUGUCUGCGUGCAAAUAACGAGGCCGUUUCUGUAGAAGUACGCUUAAAAACAGUGUGUCGUUAUGGCGACCGGGAGCAGUGGUGGCGGAUUGCCGUCAAACCAUGACGGUCAGGAGGCAGCAUCCAACUCGGCUCAUUGCGGAGCACCAGCAGCGCUCUCCAACGUCCCAGCCUCCGCUCCUACCCCGUCCGGCUCCCCGCCCGUCCUCGGCCUUCACCGGGAGCCCAUGUACAACUGGCAGGCGACGAAGAGGUCCCUAAAGGAGCGCUUCGCCUUCCUCUUCAACAACGAGCUUCUCAGCGACGUCAGGUUCAUAGUCGGGAAAGGAAGACAGGCCCAGAGGAUACCGGCCCAUAAGUUCGUCCUGGCCGCUGGCAGUGCCGUUUUUGAUGCCAUGUUUAACGGUGGGAUGGCCACGACCUCUGCUGAAAUCGAGCUGCCUGAUGUGGAGCCGGCCGCCUUCCUCGCGCUGCUCAGGUUCCUCUAUUCUGACGAGGUCCACAUUGGUCCCGAGACGGUGAUGACGACUCUGUACACGGCUAAGAAGUAUGCGGUCCCUGCUCUGGAGGGGCACUGCGUGGAGUUCCUCACCAAACAUCUCAGAGCUGACAACGCAUUUAUGCUUCUCACUCAGGCCAGGUUAUUUGAUGAGCCUCAGCUCGCCAGUCUCUGCUUAGACACCAUCGACAAAAGCACAGCAGAUGCAAUAAAUGCAGAGGGAUUUACAGAUAUUGACCUUGACACUCUUUGCGCGGUGCUUGAAAGAGACACACUAAGCAUCAGGGAGAACCGUCUGUUUGGAGCGGUGGUCCGCUGGGCGGAGGCUGAGUGUUACAGGCAACAGCUUCCUCUGACCGCGGAGAACAAACAGAAGGUUCUGGGGAAAGCCCUCCCGCUCAUCCGCUUCCCGCUCAUGACUGUUGAGGAGUUUGCUGCCGUAAACCCCAAACCGCGGGUCGACUACAUCGACAGGCCUCGCUGCUGCCUCAGGGGGGAGGAGUGCAGCAUUAAUAGAUUCCAGCAGGUUGAGAGUCGAUGGGGGUACAGUGGUACCAGUGACAGGAUCAGAUUCAAUGUUAACAGAAGAAUAUCCAUAGUGGGCUUUGGCUUGUAUGGUUCCAUACAUGGACCCACUGACUAUCAGGUCAACAUACAGAUCAUAGAGAGCGACAAACGCAUCACACUGGGACAGAACGAGACAGGUUUCAGCUGCGAUGGCACAGCAAACACGUUCCGAGUGAUGUUCAAAGAGCCCGUGGAAAUCCUACCCAACGUCAGCUACACUGCGUGCGCCACCUUAAAGGGCCCCGACUCGCAUUACGGCACUAAAGGGUUAAAGAAAGUGACCCAGGAAUUGGCAUCGGGGGCCAAGACAACAUUUUUCUUUUUUAGUUCACCUGGAAAUAACAACGGCACAUCCGUGGAGGACGGGCAGAUACCAGAAAUCAUCUACUACAGCUGAACUCGCUGCAGUGUCAUUCAGGUACACUGAAACAAGGAGACCUCGGACUGCUGGGAAGACUGGACUGUUCUUAGUGCCUCAUGAGCCUAUGGAAUAACGAAUGUGAGUGUGUGUGUGUAUGUGUGCUGUAUGUGUGUAUUUGUCUAUACGAUGUUGGUGUACAGGCAUGAUCAGCAAUGUGGAAACAGCCUGAGUUGUGGAAAAAUCACAGCUCUGUUGUCAAAAAAAAGAAGAAAAAAAGCUUUUCGGGGGACAAAGUGUAUCAUCGGCUAUGAAUGAUCUAAAUACAGACACAUCCUGGAGACAGGCCUGAGAGCUGUCUGUCUGUUAACAUGUGAAUCUGAGCUGCACGUCAGACUGCAGAUGGUUACAAUCUGUUUUGCUGAUGCAUUUAUCCAAAGUACAAUAUUUACAUUUUUUAUUAUUUUUUUAUUGUGCACUGUUUAUCAUGUAUUCAACAUGUGUCUGUUCAAGUACUUUGUUUUGGCAUUGUAAUCACGCUCCGUGUGUGUAUGUUGUGUAACUUUGCCAGUGGUACAUGCUGUUAUUUAUGACUUCAUGUUUGCUUAGAGUUAAAAUGAAAAAAGAAGAAGGAAAAAAAACCAGCAACAACAAAAUAAACGUUCCAGUUUUAUG